AUGAUUUUGCCCCACGGUCAAACAGAGGUAUAUGUGCACGCCUACACACUCCACAAGCGACUAACUGCCAAGUCGCGAAAAGAAGACUCAUUCACCGAGCCCGGUCUGGGUGAUCCCGAGGGCGGAUUCCCAUCCAAAUGGUUCUACGGAAAAGAUCAGCUAAAUGUGUUCCUGGCCUCCGACCUCGAUUUGCUCGCGAUCACCCUUCCUCAAACGCGUGACACGCGUGGCAUACUUGACCGGGAGCAAUUCGCCCUUUUUAGCAAGAGGAGGGCCUACGUGAGUAACCCCGGUAGGGGCGCAGUCAUCAACACAAACGAACUCAUUGAAGCACUGGAGUCGAGUAAGAUCCGUGGAGCAGCCCUCGAUGUCACUGACCCCGAGCCUUUGCCGGCUGACCACAAGUUGUGGAAAUACAAUAAGUUGGAAACUCGAACCACUACACUGGACGCGUUCUUAAGAUACUGGCGUAUAAUUUGGUGA